GUUACCUAAAUGGAUACAAUAUCCUACGCGUUUUAAUGUAGCGCAUCACCAAUGCUUAUUGAACAUCUGGAUUACACUGCUGUACCGCUGAUAAUACAAAUUUGGUAAUUCGACAUCUGGCACGUCGCGGCAACACGCGCACCAGAGUCACUCCAUCGCUUACCUGGUUACACCAAAAAUAGCACGGAGACGCAGGAUAUUGCAACAUCAUUUAGUUGCCCAAAUUGUUUAUAUGAGCAUAGGCAGACCGGGGCACGCUGAGAAAUUGGGUUUAGAUUGUGUGUAUGUGUGUGUUUGUUUCUUUUGAAAUGGCUUCAUUUGGUCGUCAGUUCUACCGACAGAGUUCUUUACUGCAGGUGAGUAGCCUGGUGGCUUCAUUGCACACACCCCGGAUCCAGCAUGCAGUUCAGCCUUUGGUUCCAGUCUACAGCCUUCUAGCCAGCCGUUCUUCACACAAACACAGCUGGGUAAUCCCGGAAAGAUGCAGAUGGAAAACACGCCGCUUCAGUUCUACAGGGAGUGCUGUACAACCCCAGGACAAGAACAAUCAAGAUGUCCUUAAAAACAGCCUGCUUCCAUAUGAAGGUCAAAACCAACAGGAGGUAGCAGUAGUAGGGAGUGCUGUUACUGACAGUCAGCUGGUUGAUUUAGAGAGUGCUUCACCUCUAUCCCCAUUUGAGGAGAUUUCUGAUGAAGAAGCCUUACAGAUUGCUGUACAACCACAGCUUCCCCCAGCUUCUGUCACACUGAGGGACUAUGUUGACCAGUCAGAAACCCUCAGCAAACUGGUCCUUCUGGGAGUUGACUUGUCCAAACUGGAACAGCGCCCCAAUGUGGGAAACAUGCUGCUUCGCUUGGAUUUUGAGACUGAUAUUAAAGAGAGGCUGUUCUUUCUCAAAGAGGUGGGUGUGGAGGAGAGCCACCUGGGUCACUUUAUCACCAAGAACCCCUUCAUCCUCACAGAGAGCAUGGAGAAUCUGCAGGACAGGGUAUCUUACUUGAAGUCCAAAAAGUUCAGCUCAACAGCUGUAGCUAGAAUGGUCUCCAAAGCACCAUAUUUGCUGAACUUUAGUGUUGAGAGGCUGGACAACAGAUUAGGCUUUUUCCAGAAAGAGCUUGGAUUGAAUGUGCAGAAGACUAUGGAUCUUGUGACGCGUCUUCCAAGGUUAUUAACUGGGAGUUUAGAACCAGUAAAAGAAAACCUUAAAGUGUGUCAAAUAGAACUGGGUUUUCAGAAAAAUGAAGUCCAGCACAUUGUUACAAGAAUACCAAAGCUUUUAACUGCAAGCAAGAAGAAACUUACAGGAAUAUUUGACUAUUUGCACAAUACAAUGGGCAUCCCUCACAAUCUCAUUGUCAAAUUCCCUCAGGCACUGAAUGCAAAGUUACUGAGAAUUAAGGAGAGACAUUUGUUCCUUAAGCACUUGGGAAGGGCCCAGUAUGACCCUGCUGAGCCAAACUACAUCUCAUUGGAUCGACUGGUCUCGCUCCCUGAUGAAGUCUUCUGUACAGAGAUUGCCUUGGCCUCACUCAAUGACUUUGAAAUGUUUCAGAAAACACUUUAAUUGCAGAAUGCACUUCCCCAUAAAUGUACUGAUAUAUCUAAAAUGAUAUAUAAAGAGCAUUACU